GAUAUCCCUGAACGCAGCAGCAGGCUGAGCGAAGAUGGCGGACUGUGUACGUGUUCCUCUGCUGCUGCUUUUCAUCUGCUCCUUGCCGCUUUUCUACCCGUCCCAAGCCGAAAACACCGGCCUCGGCAAAGCCCGGUCCAAUGCCGCUGGCCUCCAGAACCAGCCUGGUGGCGCGGCUCCGGCCGUGAUGAACGCGGGAGCCGCCGAGAGGAUCCUGGGCGCCGGGGCCUCGGCGCCGAGGAAGCGCUCUACCGGCUGGAAGUUGUCCGAGGAGGCGGUGUGCAGGGACGACCUGACGCGGCUGUGCACCAAGGAGUCCUGGAACAACAACCUGGCGGUGCUCGAGUGUCUACAGGACAAGAAGGAUGGCACCGAGAUCGCUACUGAAUGCAACCAUCUGCUGUGGAACUACAAAUACAACCUGACCACCGACCCCAAGUUUGAGUCCGUUGCCGUGGAUGUGUGCCGGUCCACCAUCUCUGGGAUCAAGGAGUGUGCGGCGGAGGAGUUGGGGAAGGGCUACCUGGUGUCUUGCCUGGUGGAUCACCGCGGCAACAUCAGCGACUACCAGUGCAGCCAGUACAUCACCAAGAUGACCACCAUCGUCUUCAGCGACUACCGCCUCAUCUGCGGCUUCAUGGACAAGUGUCGCGAGGACAUCAACGCUCUGCACUGUGGCAGCAUCAGCACCGGAGAGAAGGACAUCCACUCACAGGGCGAAGUCAUCGCCUGCCUGGAGAAAGGUUUGGUGCGAGAGGCGGAAGAGCAGGUGGGGGCGCACCCCAUCAAGGAUGAGUGCAAAAAGUCCAUCAUGAGGGUGGCGGAGCUCUCCUCCGACGACUUCCACCUGGACCGCUACCUCUACUUCGCCUGCCGCGAGGACCGCGAGCGCUUCUGCGAGCAUACGCUGGCAGGCGAGGGCCGAGUUUACAAGUGUCUCUUCAACCACAAGUUUGAGGAGGCCAUGUCCGAGAGGUGUCGCGACGCGCUGACCACCAGGCAGAAGCUGAUCGCUCAGGACUACAAGGUGAGCUACUCGCUGGCAAAGGCCUGCAAGUCGGACCUGAGGAAGUACCGCUGCAGCACGGAUAGCGGCAUGCCCCGGGCCAGGGAGGCUCGCCUCUCCUACCUGCUGCUCUGCCUUGAGUCGGCCGUGCAUCGAGGUCGCGUGGUCAGCGGCGAGUGCCAGGGUGAAAUGAUGGACUACAGGAGGAUGCUGAUGGAGGACUUCUCCCUGAGCCCAGAGAUCGUGCUCCACUGUCGCAGCGAGAUCGAGGAACACUGCUCGGGUCUGCACCGCAAAGGUCGCACGCUCCACUGCCUGAUGAGGGUGGGCCGAGGCGACAUGGGCGCCAUCGACCCCAACUGUCAGGGAGCGCUCCAGAAUUUGAUCCAGGAGGUAGACCCCGGAGCGGAUUACCGCAUCGACCGUGCACUGAACGAAGCCUGCGAGUCCGUCAUCCAGACCGCCUGCAAACACAUCCGAAGUGGAGACCCCAUGAUCCUGUCGUGUCUGAUGGAGCAUCUGUACACGGACAAGAUGGUGGAGGACUGUGAGCACAGGCUGCUGGAGCUGCAGUACUUCAUCGCGCGGGACUGGAAGUUGGACCCCAUCCUCUACAAGAAGUGUCAGGGCGACGCGGCGAGACUCUGCCACACGCCCGGCUGGAACGAGACCAGCGAGAUGAUGCCGCCCGGCGCCAUCUUCUCCUGCCUGUAUCGCCACGCCUACCGCUCGGUGGAGCAGGGGCGCCGGCUCCCUGGUGGAAACAAUGAGACACGAAACAUUACUUGGACCCUGUCCCGGGACUGCAAGGUGGAGGUGCAUAGGAUCCUCCACCAGAGGGCGCUGGACGUGAAGCUGGACCCCGAGCUGCAGAGACGCUGCAUGACCGACCUGGGCAAGUGGUGCAGCGAGAAGACCGAGGCGGGUCAGGAGCUGGAGUGUCUUCAGGACCACAUGGAGGAUCUGGGCCUGGACUGUCGGAAUGUGGUGGGCAACCUGACAGAGCUGGAGUCCGAGGACAUUCAGAUCGAGGCGCUGCUCAUGCGAGCCUGCGAGCCCGUCAUCCAAGCCUACUGUCAUGAGUUGGCUGACAACCAGAUCGACUCCGGCGACCUAAUGGAGUGCUUGGCUCAGAACAAACACCAGAAGGAGAUGAGCGAGAAGUGCACGGUGGGAGUCACGCACUUCCAACUGAUUCAGGUUAAAGACUUUCGCUUUUCCUACAAGUUCAAGACGGCCUGCAAAGAGGACGUCCUCAAACUGUGUCCCAACAUCAAGAAGAAGGUGGACGUGGUGAUCUGCCUCAGCACCACGGUGAGGAACGACACCCUGCAGGACGCCAAGGAGCAGCGCGUGUCCGUCAAGUGUCGCAAGCAGCUGCGCGUGGAGGAAGUGGAGAUGUCUGAGGACAUCCGUCUGGAACCAGAACUCUACGAGUCCUGUAAGCAGGACAUCAGCCGCAUGUGUCAGAAUGUUGCCUUUGGCAACGCACAGGUGAUCGAGUGUCUGAAGGAGAGCAAACGUCAGCUGACUCAGCGAUGUCAUCAGAAGAUCUUCAAGCUUCAGGAGGUUGAGAUGGUGGAUCCAGAACUCGACUAUCAGUUGAUGAGAGUCUGCAAGCACAUGAUCAGGCGCUUCUGCACCGAGUCUGAGGGCAAGAACGUCCUUCAGUGUCUGAAACAGAACAAGAACAGCGAGCUGAUGGAUCCAAAGUGCAAACAGAUGAUCACCAAGCGUCAGAUCACUCAGAACACAGACUACAGGCUAAACCCGGUUCUGAAGAAGGCCUGCAAAGCUGACAUCCCCAAGUUCUGCCAGCCCAUUUUGAACAAGGCGACUGCUGACCGCGAGCUGGAGGGACAGGUCAUCGCCUGCCUCAAACUCAAGUACGCGGAUCAGCGUCUGUCGGCAGACUGCGAGGAUCAGAUACGAGUCAUCUUACAGGAGUCGGCGCUGGACUACCGACUGGACCCACAGCUGCAGAUCUACUGCACUCAUGAGAUAUCCCAGCUGUGUCCAGAGGAGGCAGCAGCACAGGAGCAGACGGGCCAGGUGGAGGAGUGUCUCAAGGUGAACCUGCUGAAGAUCAAAAAGGAAGAAUGCAAGAAGGAGGUCCUGAACAUGCUGAAGGAGAGCAAGGCGGACAUCUUUGUCGACCCCGUCCUGCACACGGCCUGCGCGCUCGACAUCAAGCACCACUGCGCUGCCAUCCCGCCCGGCAGGGGGCGCCAGAUGUCGUGUCUGAUGGAGUCGCUGCAGGACAAACGCGUGCGUCUUCAGCCCGAGUGCAAGAAGAGGCUUCAGGACCGCAUCGACAUGUGGAGCUACGCCGCCAAGGUGGCUCCCGCCGAUGGCUUCUCGGACCUGGCCAUGCAGGUGAUGACGUCGCCGUCCAAGAACUACAUCCUGACCAUGAUCGGCGCCGGCGUGGCGGUGCUCUUCCUGAUGGGGCUCCUCUGCGGCAGGAUCACCAAGCGCGUCACUCAAGAGCUGAAGGACAGGUAGACCACGCCCAAUCACGGGGAGGGGGGGGUGAGGGGGUCUGGACACGCCCAACGGGAGAAACUACCACGCCGUUGACCCCCAAGCCCUCCCACGCGUCUCCCCCUCCCCCCUCGUGUCACCCCCGCGGGCGUCCAUGUUGACGUGACUUCCGCCCUCCCCCCUCCUUGACCCUCCUGGAUAGCGAACCACUGUUAAGGAGGCCCCGCCCCUUACUACAGGUUUGUUUUCCAACAGAGGCGCCCCGGCUGUUGGGCGCUGGGAGGGGGGUCUCGGGGUCAGAGGUGAGGACAUGAGGGAGUGUAAAUGUGUAGAAAGUGUGAUAUGAGAAGCGCUUGAGUGACUGUUUUGUGUGAGAGAUGCAUCAGGCUCUUUGAUUUAUCGCCCUGGGACUGCCAGGCGGGCGGUGCUAAACCCGCCCUCCUCCUCCACGGAGACGUCACUGCGGCUCUCCGUCCUGACAUUAUUUUUUUUUUCCUUCCCCGCUCUCUUUUGGGCGUCUCAGCCCACUUCAUGCAGUCCCCCUCCCAUCCCCCACGCCCUGCCCCGUGCCAUAAAUGCAGCGCGCCCCCUGCUGUUUGCUUGAGUUGUGACUUCACAGGCUUUGUCUUAUUUCGGAGUUAGGAAAGUUGUGUGUCGCGGGCGAGCUGGGAAGGGUUUCUCUUAUCUUUGCACACUUGAUUUGCUUUUUCUAAAUGCAUAUAAAAAUAUAUAUAUAGUUUGCUCAUAGCCUUAUUUAUUUGUUUGCGAAUGAAUGUUCCCUGGUGGCCUUCACGCGGCGAGCGAGUGUGCGUGUUUACGCUACUUUGAAGACUCAAAUUCAUUGUCAGAGGACGCCGUUUUGUGUCACCACUUAAUUUUUUCUGUCAGCGAUACAUCGACGGCGUUGAGUUUUUGGCCCCUCCCACAAUCAAACAUUGGGUCGCCUCCCGCGGGAUCUUUGGCGUGGACCAUCAGUGGAGCACGAGAGUGCGUGACGGCUGUUUGAGUGUGACUUCUUCUAUUUCCUCUUGUCCCGCUUUAUUUUGUGCUAAAGAUGUUUUUGUAAACAAAUGUUUUUGUGUCCAAUCAUGGAGCUUUUUUUAUUUGAUUUUCUUUUGUGUGCUCUUUUUGUUGUACAGAUGAAAAAUUGGGCAGUUUGUUGAUAAUAAAGUCUGCAAGGUUUCUA